AUUGUACGUGGUGUCAAAAUAACAUGUUUUAUGAUAAAUUCAUAUAUUUUGCAUUUGGUUUGCACUUUCUAGGAAUAAAACAUGUACACGCAGGCUACUGUAGACCUUAGGGUUCUCUCUCAAGUGCAUAAACAUGAUUAUAAGACGCAAAAGGACUGACCAAGCAAACGCUCAAGCUGCUCUGACGGAGCUUGAAAAAAAAAAAGCAAGUGCUUAAACGCACAAGUGAAAUAUGUUAGCUUUAUGCACACGUUUUUUAGCAAGAAAAUGCUAGCAGUCAGUAAGCAAUUACUUAAACUUAGUCGCAAACACAUUUGCUUGCUCACUUUUAUGCAUACGCGGAAUACAGCAAGAUCCGAGCAAAAGCAAUUAAAUUGCUACUUUUUAUGCAUUUGACCCCAUAUAGUAUCGUGCUCAGAGAGCAUUCAAAGGCAUCACGAUCCAGGGUUCAAAGUCAACCAUUUGAAUACACAAUGCACUCUCAUUGAUAGACCUCCAAAUAUUAAUUUAUUAUCAACCUUCGAUCUCUGCAAAUAAUUCGUAAAGAAUGAAAUUAAAAAAUAAAGGUCAGCAAAAUUUGGGAUACAUUCUCCUCUAAGCCGCACCUACCUAGAUCGAACUCAAACUGAGCGCAAACGAUCUGUAUAUACUAAUCCGUUGUUUUUUUUAUAACGCAUAGAGUACACGCUGAAAAACAAAGGGACAUUUAUUGCUAAACGCUUAAUCUUUAGUUUUUCUUGGGAAUAAAUGUUGUUUCUUCGCCAGCUUUCCCUUGCCCCCCCCCCCCUCAUUUUUGCCUUUUGUAACCCCUGAAUGUAUAGCGUCCUAUAGGGGCCUAAAUACCCUCUUGCCAAGACCUUUGAUACGCCAUUUAGGAUAUUAUUGUCAAUAUUUUCCUGUAAUUUGUUUACUUUGUAAAGGUCAAUAUCGUUCACGAACAGAUUUCUCUUAAUAAAUAACUAAUAAAUAACUUCAUCACUGUGAAAAAGACAAGAGAGUCCAGUGUCAUAUUUUGGAUUUUUUGUUCUUUUCCGUCCACAUUCGAAGCCUUGAUUGCGAGCAAUUGAUCCGAAGACACUCAGUUAUAGCACUUUUCCGACGAUCAAGAUUAACCAUGGUCGUCAAGGUUUACGUCGAUCUCCUUUCGCAGCCUUGCCGCGCUCUUGUCAUCUUCCUCAAAAACACCAAAAUCCCGUUCGAAAUCGAGAAAGUAAAUUUGAAGGCUGGAGAACAUAAGAAACCCGAGUUUGUAAAGAUAACCCCUCUCUGUACUGUUCCGGCUAUCCAAGAUGGCGAUUUCAGCAUGGGAGAAACAGUGGCGAUUAUCAAGUACCUAGCGACCAAGUAUGCCGACCUAGUUCCUGACCACUGGUACCCGAAGGAUCUAGAGAAAAGAGCCAGAGUUGAUGAAUACAUGGCAUUUCACCAUACAGGAACAAGAGGAGGAUGUUGUGGAAUCUUCAUCAGCGAGAUUCUCAUUUCAUUGUUUUCGGGAGGGAAAGAACACGCAUCGGAGGAAAGGUUGAAAAUAGAUACAGAGAAUUUGACCAAACAACUUGAUAAGCUGGAGAACGUUUUCUUACAGGACAAUGAUUGGUUGGCCGGAGAUGACAUCUCUGUGGCGGAUGUGCUUGCCGUUUCUGAGAUCAUGCAAAAUACCGUUAACGGGCGUGACGUCACAGAGGGGAGACCGAAGCUCAGAGCUUUCGUAGAUCGGGUGAAGGAUCGUCUUAACCCAACCUUUGAUGAAGUCCACGAAGCCUUGUAUGCAUGGAGGGAUAGCUACGAGAAAUAAAUGUGUUCAUAACAUUUGUUUUGAAUGCAAGAAGCCUUUCUUGGCAUCAGAAAUUACCCCCCCCCCCCCUUUCAUCUAUAAUCGUUCUGGACCGUAUUCUGAUAGCAGGUUUAAAGGUGUGGUUUAAGUAUGGAUAGCCAAUUUUUACAUAAACCACUAACAGUAGAGAUAUCAUACUUCAGCUAAUUUGGCUCUCAAGUCAUUCAUAAUCGUCUACGAAGUAUAAAUAGAUGAUUGUCUUCACCAUCGAUAAAUCAGGAAGGAGCACAGCAAACAUAAGAAACAUACAACU